GAAAACUCAACAUCCUGCCUGCCAGCGCUAGAGAUCGAUGGAGGUGCCACAUGCUGAUGCAGCCCUGCUCGUCCUCUUGGCGUCCAUCCUCCUCCUGAUGGCUCGCCGUCGCUUCGGGUUGGGCAAUGCGGCGGCGAGGGCCAGAGAAGAGGCGCUGAACAAGCUGCCCUCUCCCGGCUGGCGGCUCCCCGUGAUCGGCCACCUGCACCAGGUUGGCCCCCUCCCGCACGUCUCUCUCCGCCACCUCGCCGCGGAGCACGGCCGUGACGGCCUCAUGCUGGUCCGCCUCGGCGCCGUCCCGACGCUCGUCGUUUCGACGCCGGCUGCGGCGCAGGCAGUGCUGCGCACGCACGACCACGUGUUCGCGUCCAGACCCCACUCCCCCGUCGCCCACAUCCUCUUCUAUGGUUCCGCGGACGUCGUCUUCGCUCCCUACGGCCACCACUGGCGCCAGGUCAAGAAGAUUUCCACCACCCACCUGCUCACCGCCAGGAAGGUCCACUCUUACCGCCACGCGCGCCAGCAUGAGGUGAACCUGGUCCUGGCCAAGGUCCGCGACGCCAUGCGCGCAGGCGUUGCCCUAGACAUGAGCGAGCUGCUCAACGCCUUCGUCUUCGACAUCGUGUGCCACGCCGUGGCAGGCAAUUCUUUCAGGGAGCGAGGACUCAACAAGCACUUCCGGGAGCUGGUGGAGGCCAACGCCUCGCUCAUCGGCGGCUUCAACCUGGAGGACCACUUCCCGGCACUGGUGAAGCUGGAAAUCUUCAGAAAAAUUGUUUGCGCCAAGGCCCGGAGAGUAAACAACAAGUGGGACGACUUGCUCGAUAGGCUCAUCGAUGAACAUGCGACCCCGCCGGCGUUGGACGAGGACAGGGACUUCAUCCACGUCUUGCUUUCUGUUCAGCAAGAGUACAACCUCACAAGAGACCAUAUCAAAGCUCAGUUGCUGAUCAUGUUUGAAGCUGGCACGGACACAUCAACCAUAGUACUGGAAUACGCCAUGGUUCGGCUAAUGCAGAACCCCCGCGUCAUGGCCAUGCUACAAGCCGAGGUGAGGAGCACCAUACCCAAGGGGAAAGACACCGUCACCCAAGACGAUCUCCACGGUCUGCCCUACCUAAAGGCAGUGAUCAAGGAGACACUCCGGCUUCACAUGCCGGGGCCGCUCAUGGUGCCCCAUCUCUCCAUGGACGAAUGCAUCAUAAACGGCUACACGAUACCAUCGGGGACGCGCACUUUCAUCAACACCUAUGCUAUCCAGAGGGAUCCUAGCAACUGGGAGAGCCCAGAGGAGUUCAUGCCUGAGCGGUUCAUGGAAGGCGGCAGCGCUGCCGCCAUGGACUAUAAGGGGAAUGAUUUCCAAUACUUUCCGUUUGGGUCCGGGCGCAGGAUAUGUCCCGGUAUCAACUUCGCGACUGCGACCAUUCAACUCAUGCUAACAAAUCUCAUGUACCACUUCGACUGGAAGCUACCACCAGAAUCAGAGGAAGAGGGCAUAAAUAUGACCGAAACAUUUGGGCUCACAGUGCACCGCAAAGAGAAGCUCCUACUUGUCCCUCUAGUGCCACAAAAUUGACAGAAUGGUCCACGCACUAUGUUUUUUACACCAGAUUGAAGACCCCACUCUCUACUACCUAGAACAAUAAAUUCGUGCAUGUGAUUUUUGAACUUCUUGUUAAUCACAAGUGAAGUAUUGAUUGUUGAAUAAAAAGUAAUUACCAUGAUAACGUAGCACAAUAUACAACAAACGCUGCCUCUCCACCAAGGGCGACACACGGAGCCCCUAGUUAGACCCCUACCGCCCCUCCCAUCCGGUUGCCCUAUAUUUGGACGCUGCUGAGUCCAGUACCGGCGGCGGCAGGGCCCCUUCCCGGCAGUGAUCUCUUCCUUUCUGUUCAUGGCAGUGGCUGGCUUGGCGGCCUGGUGCAGCAAGGACCCAAUGCCGGCUCUUCACAUCAUUAGUGGUAGAGGGAGGUGCUUUAAUUGGGAUGCCGCCAUCCGCCGGCGGUGAUUUGGAGAUCUAAUCUCAUCCGGCGAUGUGGGCCUUCGUGGGCGGCAUGUUCAGGUUAUGAGGAAGCGUAGAACCCUUUGUCCUGGGCCAUAUAUUUAUAUGGCCAAUGCCUUGAUGUACAAGUCGAGAUCCUCUCAGGAGGUUACAGAAGAUAAGGGAGAGAAGAAGAGAUAGACAGGGAUACAAGUUAAACCACUUCCCUAUCCCUAUACAAUUUGUAUUCUAACACUCCCCCUCAAUCUAAACCCUAUUUGCCAA